UUGCGUUCCGUUGUACGUUAUACUUGCCUACACAUGCGCACCGGAAGAAAACUAUAAUUCGAAGAACAGCAUCGCGAAGGGAGGCGGUUGGGGGGGGGGGGGGCGUUCGUAUAUAAGCAGCGGUCUCAGGCUAGAUCACACUCGCUGCGGCCGUCACACCUUGGUAACUCCUUGGUCACACCGGCACCAACACAACAGCCACGAGCCCACGAGUCAAGAAUUCUUCCAUCAACAAAUCAGCACUGUAUCAAGAAGCCAUGGCGAUAUCUGUGAUUAUGUCGGUGACCCUGGCGGUGGCAGCGGCGUGUCUGUCCUCUGCCUCGUGCCUUCCCAUCGACAGACCCCUUCAGCAGGCACAUGAGCUCAGGAAACUCGGAUGUGAACCCAAGGCGACUGUGGAACGCAUCGCAGACUACCUCGAAUGCCACGACGAGCUGGCCGAUGAACUAUACUUCCCUGAGUUCGUCGCCGUCAAGCGCUGGCUCUCGAGCUCUACCUUCUGCGGGAAUCCUCGAAAGGGAUACCGGACGGGGCAGUGCCAGCCAGACCCUCAGAGCAUCGUGCAGCGUCCCGCCUUGGUGUUCUACUUCAAGGGGAGGGAGAAGAGGUUCCAGGAGGUGCUGGUGCCUGAACACACGGCUUGCAUGUGCACCUAGGAACACCUUUAAUGAGCACUGACACACGGACGGACUGUAGGGCCCAUAUCCUUGAACAUUUCGGAGCUUACACAUCCACAUCAACAAAGGCUUUCAUUAAAGUUGUGGGUGUUUCCACGGGUAGUUUUAUGAGACUAUAAAAGUCUAUUCAUUUGGGCAAGGCCACUCACGGCAGCUUAGUCCCAGCGACUCCACUUCCCCCUUCUGGCUGGUUAGCUCCGAGCAGGAUGAUGCAACCUACUUGUUUUGUUAAGUAGUCAACAAAAUGGUAAAUAGUGAUAAUAAAAUGUUAAGUAGUCAACAUAAAAUGGUAAAUAGUGAUAAUAAAAUGUUAAGUAGUCAACACAAAAUAGUAAGUAGGCAACAUAAAAUGCAUAUCUAACACAAACUGCUAAUUCAGAGCCUGGGAGAGUUUGGACAGCUUGAUAAAAGGCGUCAAGUUGCUGCCAAUAGAGCCGCGGGAAAUUCAAACUGUGGCUGAUACGAUGUUAGAUUAUUUCUCAUUUACUCAAGUCUACUCAUUUGUUAUUUGCUAUUUUUGUUUAUUAUCGUAUCGAACUCUUUUGUUAUUUAUGCUUUUUGUUUGUUGUUGUAUUGCCUUCUUGUUUAUGUAUUGUUUGCCAGUGAAGAA